GUCGAACGUUUCAAAACAAAUCUCUGGUGGCGGCGGCGGCUGCCUCUUGGUCCGGCCGUUUCUAGAGUAACUACCCUCACAUUGUGCAGGUGGAACCACCUCGUUAUCUCAGGCCACGAAGAUGACCAAUACGCUUGAGAGUUACGUCAACCAUCUAGUCUCCGUUAUAACAGCUGAUGGGAGAAACAUUGUAGGAACACUGAAAGGCUUUGACCAGACUGUAAACCUGAUCAUGGACGAGUGUCACGAGCGGGUCUACAGCUCCCAUCGAGGUGUUGAGCAAGUCAUUUUGGGACUUUAUGUCGUCAGAGGUGAUAAUGUAGCCCUCAUUGGAGAAGUGGAUGAAGACUUGGAUUCAAGAUUAGACCUUGAAAAUAUUCGAGCAGAACCUUUGAAUGAAUGUAAAACUUGAUGAACCCUUCAUUUGAAAUGUAUAUUGUUAAUGGUAUGUUGAAAAGCAUACGGACUAUUGAGUGCAAGUGCUGCUGACUAACAUAACAAACAUGUUCAGUAUAAGAAUGAAUUGUCAUAGUGCUCUUUGGUAAAAUUUACCAGAUUACUAAUGCAAGGGUGUACAGUACUUGUGAUUUUCACAAACUAUUCAGAAUUUGUAUGAUGUUAAUGUUUUACAAGAAUUAACUGCAAUAGAGACACAUGAAAACGAGAGCUAACUUGUCUCUGAAAUUUAAAGUGCAUUAUAGCAAAUAUACAAAAAAAUACAGGACUGAUUACCCCUUUGUCUUGUUACUAAGACAGUAUUUUGUAUGUAUGACAUGUGAAAUGUUUUGCCUUUGACUUGGUUAAAUAAUAAAUAUUAUGCCCCCUCACAAAA